AUGAAAAAGAAAUGAAUGAAUUAGAUAACAUCAUAGAAGAUGAUGUAAAUGAUUAUUAUAAAAAUAGGUAUAAUAAUCAAAAAGAAAUAGGAGAAUCCUCAAAACCAAUAAGAUAUGAAGAUGAGGAUACUAGAAUACUAGAAAUACCAUGGAAUGGACAAACAGCACAAUAUCCUGUAGCAAGAAAUAGUGAUUUAACAGAUGAACAAUGGCAAAAAGCAUAUGCAUACACUUCACCAGAAGUGCAUGAAUACAAAAGUGAAAAAGAAGAAGAAACAAAUAAAGGGUAUGGAAUAGUAGAAACAGAUGAAGAAAACGAUAGUCUGUAUGGACAUUUCAAAGAAAUGCCAAUAGAAAUACGACAUAUAAUCUUACCAACUAUAAUAGAAGGAAAACAGGUAAAUUAUAAGGUAUUCUGUAAUGAAAAUACAGAGAUACCUCCUAUGAAUAUAGGACAUAUCAGGAUAGAAAACCCUGUAGAAAAUGGAAAUGUGAAAUUUAACAAAGAACAACAUAUUGAAAAUGUUGAGACAAUACAGAAAAAUGAUGAAAUUUUUCUCACUAAAUUACCUGAUCUGAAAGAUCAGAGUGAAAAAGAAAAAGAACGAAUCUUGAUUCUAAAGAAUCAAUGUGAAAAAACUGGAGGACCUGGAACAUGGGAACAAAUUGGUCAUAUUCUUACAGAAUAUGUUGAUGUUUUCAGAGAAAAACAAGAAUAUGCAACUAGAGUUAAUACUGAUGAAAUACCUCCAAUAGAAUUAAACUUAAAAAAUGGAAUAAAGGAAAAUGAAAUACCAAUGCAAGAAAAGAGGCAAGCAUUGAGAAAAUAUUAUGAAGAAGAUAAAAAGGUUAUCAAAGAAAUGCGAGAUGAUCUGAUGAAAAACAAUAUUAUAUUCAGUGGAAAUACUGAAUGGGGAAGUUCUGCACUAGUAAUAACAAAGAAAGAUGGAACAAAAAAGAUUGCAAUAGAUUAUAGAAAUCUAAAUAAGUACUUAGAGCAAUAUAGAGAACCAUUACCAGACUCCAAGCAAAUGUUGCAAACUGUUAGUAAAUACAAAUACUAUAUAACAAUGGAUAUUAAAUCAGCAUACUGGCAAUUAGUGAUGCAUGAAAACUCAAAGAAAUAUACAGCGACUACCUUCGCAGAGUAUGGAACAUACUGUUGGCAUACGUUACCAUUUGGAAUAAGCACAGCAUCAGCAUACUUGAUACGAGCAAUGAACAAAAUACUAGGACACUUAGACUAUGUAGUAAUCUACAUAGAUGACUUUGUAAUUUUAUUGAACGAUAAAUCCGAGGCUUAA